GGGGAUGGGGGGAGGUCGACGAGGGUUCCGUGGUAAAGGGACUUAGAGUCUUAUGUGCAGGAACCGGAGAAGAAACAGGGAAUAGUAAAUAAGUAGGGCCUGGGUUCCCCUUCUUUGUCGCCAGUCACCGGUCUAUCCAUCUCUCUCCCCCUCUCCCUCUCCAUCUUCGCCUCCCCUUUGUUCCCUCGAGACAGGCCUCGCCUCGCAGCUAUACCUUCAGCUAGACCUCCAGCUCCAGCGAAGUCGACACCAUGGCCGUCCUCGCCGAGACCACGGUGGAAUCCAUCCCCGGCACGGUCCACCUCGUCGACCUGGACCAUACCAUGCACACGCGCCAUGCCGACGCGGGCGCCGGUGACAUUGUGCUGGUCCCGACCCCUUCCAACGACCCUGAUGAUCCGCUCAACUGGUCUCCGCGAAGGAAGAUCCUGUCGACCAUCUGCACGAACCUAUACACCUGGUUCACUGGCAUGAGCGUGUCGACCGUCUACUCUGUCUUGGUGCCUCUCUCGUCGGCGUCGGGCGUGUCCGUGUCGACACUCAACCAGGGCACGGGCUACAUGUUUCUGUUCCUGGGCUGGAGCUUGCUCUUCUGGCAGCCGUUCUCGCUGAGAUACGGCAAGCGCAUGGCCUACCUGAUCUCCAUCCUCGGGUCGCUGGGCACCAGCAUAUGGAGCGCCUACGUGACGAGCAACGGCGAAUGGAUCGCCAAGUGCAUCAUCCAAGGCUUUUUCAACGCCCCCAUCGAAGCCCUGCCUGAGAUCUCCGUCACCGACGUGUACUUCACCCACCAGCGAGGCACGUACAUGGGCAUCUACGCCUUCACCCUGGCCGGCAGCAACUACUUCACGCCCGUGCUCUGCGGCUUCAUCGCCGACGGGCAGGGCUGGAGAUGGGUGUUCUACUGGCCGGCCAUCUUCCUGGCGGCCGUCUUUGUCUUCCUGUUCUUCUUCAUGGAGGAGACCAACUACACGCGCAAGACGGCGGGCUUGAUCGUCGAGGUCGACACGCCGCCACCGGAGCUCGCUGGCCCGAUCGACGCCGCCGACAAGGAGAAGGGGUCCACGGCCGUGCUCUCGACGACGACGACGACGACGACCGCCCCGUCCGCCGCCGAAUACGGCGCGCCCAAGACGUUCGCACAGAAGCUGUCGCUCUGGAGCCCGCAGCCCGGGCAGCCCAUGCUGCAGCGCGCGUUCCGCAGCCUGACGUACCUGAGCUGGCCGGUCAUCUUCUACGCGGGCUUCUCGUACGGCUCGUACCUGAUCUGGUUCAACGUGCUCAACGCCACGGCCUCGAUCAUCCUGAGCGGCGCGCCCUACGACUUCAAGCCCUCCAUGGUCGGCCUGUCGUACCUGUCGUGCACCAUCGGCGUCAUCCUGGGCUGUCUCAUCUCCGGCCGCCUCAGCGACUGGCUGACCAUCAAGCUCGCCCGGCGCAACAACGGCAUCAUGGAGGCCGAGCAGCGCCUCUGGCCCUUCAUCCUCUGCGUCGUCCUCGUCCCGGCCUCCUUGAUCCUGUGGGGCGUUGGCGCCGCGCACGGGGUGCAUUGGUUCGGCCUGAUCUGCGCGAUGGGUUCGCUGGCCUUCGCCACCACGUUUGGCGUCACCCUCAGCGUCAACUACAUGAUCGACAGCUACCACGGCAUCAGCGGCGACGCCAUCGUGACGGUGAUCCUGGUGCGGAACACCAUGUCCUUUGCGAUCAGCUACGGCAUCACUCCCUGGUUGACCAACCUGGGCUACCAGAACUGCUUCAUCUCCGCGGCCUUCAUCGGCAUGGCUGCCUCGUCCGUCUUCUUCUUCAUGAUCGUGUACGGCAAGAAGUUCCGCGUCCAGAGCGCCGCCAAGUACUGGAAACUUGUUGGCGCAGACAGGGAGAAGUCGGAGGCGCAUUGAAGAGAGAAAAAAAUGGGCUGGGUAUUCGUGUAUUCGAAGUGUUAGAGUCAGCAC